UCUCUCUCGCUCUCUCCCUCCCUCUCUGUGAGUUUAAUUGGCAACCAUGGCCAAGUUUUCUCUAUUAUCAGUGUUAGUGGUGGUGAUGGCUUUGGUGUUUGAUUCAGGGGUUACUUGUCAACAGCUCUCCCCCUUCUUCUACUUCAGAACUUGCCCACAGGCUCUGCCUGUCAUAAGGAGAGAAGUUUUUUCUGCCGUCGCAAAGGAGCCAAGGAUGGGAGCCUCGUUGCUGCGCCUUCACUUCCACGACUGCUUUGUCAAUGGCUGCGAUGGUUCCGUCCUCUUGGACGACACGCCGACCAUGACAGGGGAGAAGAACUCCCUGGCCAACGCCAAUUCGGCCAGGGGGUUUGAGGUCAUCGACAGCAUCAAGUCGGCUGUCGACCGUGCUUGUGGUGGCAGCGUCGUCUCCUGUGCUGAUAUAUUGGCCGUUGCUGCCCGUGAUUCCGUCGUCGCUCUAGGAGGACCAUCAUGGCGGGUGCAACUGGGAAGGAGAGACUCCACCACUGCCAGCAAAGAUGCUGCAGACACCAACCUUCCGUCUCCCUUCUCCAGCCUCGCCACCCUCAUCUCCAGCUUCCAGAGCAAAGGCCUGAACGCCAGAGACCUGGUUGCACUCUCUGGAGCUCACACCAUUGGCCAAGCACAGUGCAGGGUCUUCAGAACCCGCAUCUACAACGACACCAACAUUGAUCCUCAGUUCGCAAGCUCGCUGCAAGCGUCGUGUCCUGCCUCUGGCGGAGACAACAACCUCUCUCCCUUGGAUCGCUUGACGCCCGCGAGAUUUGACGGGGCAUACUUUGGGAACUUGAUGUCAAGGAGAGGGUUGCUGCAUUCAGAUCAGGAGCUCUUCAACAAUGGAACGACGGAUCAGAUAGUGAGAGGCUACAGCUUCAACCCUCGUCUUUUCUCUGCAGAUUUUGCUAGUGCGAUGGUUAAGAUGGGAAACCUAAGCCCCCUCACUGGGACCAAUGGCCAGAUUCGACAAAACUGCAGGAGGGUCAACUGAGAUGGUGGGGGAGAACAUUCCAAGAUUGUGGAUCCCUCGCCUCAAUCACUUUCUUUGUAGACGUUUUCUAUUGUGCCCCUUGUCUUGGAGUUCUGUAUUUUUUUUAUCUAUUCUAUCA